GGCGGAUGAGUCUCCACUUUCGACCAUUCCAAGUGACAUGACGACCACCGUUGCGAUGCUUCUGAACCCUGUAGACAAGGACAAUCAGCCGAGCUACUACGAGCGCAACCGCGACCAAGUCCGAGAGCACCAGCGUGUGUAUCGAGAAACCAACCGCGAAAGAAUCCGAGCCAUUCAUAAAGCGUAUUAUCGCAAAAACCGUGCCAAGAUCACCGCGUAUAAGCGCGAGCGAUGGCAUCGGACGAAAUCGAGCGCGACCACCCAAGAUGGUACAUGCCCGCCCCUGGCGUUCACAACAAGCACGGACAGCACUAGUCAAUCGUCCUUGGGCAGCUGUGACUCGACUCGGCCAUCAACCAUGCGCGUCGAAGACUUAUUGAACCCCUUGUAAACCAAGCCUGGAAUACAGUAUGCACUGCAUGCCACAAUCCGUUGAAACGACUCGACAAGAUCGUCUAUAUUGCGAUAAGGGUGUACAUUUAUCGUCAACCGUUCCAAAUUAUCAAAUGCAUUGACGUGCUCAUUAUCAUUCUU